AUGGAGUUGUUCAUCAUUACUCUUCUGCAUCUUCUUAUGGAGGUUCAGUCAUAUAAUACUCUUAAGAAACCCAUCAUCAGUGUUGAUGACAGCACUAACCAGUUCACUAUAUCAUGUGAAAUACCACUGACAGUCAAAGCUGAAUUCAUCUGUAAUCUCUACACUGAGUAUGGACCUCUGACACACAGAAGUUAUCUGAGACGUACACAGAAUAGAGAACAACUCUGUAUGUUUUAUAUGAGUCUGAGUGAAAUAUUCAAACAAAAUCAAACAGUGAACAGUCGACAGCUGAGUUGUGAUUAUUCAGUCAAAACAGAUUCUGAGAAUGAGAUGAACCUCAGAUCACCACGCAGUGAUGUGUUAACUGUCAGAGGUUUUCCUCAGGCAAAGUUGUCAGUGUCUUCUUCAGUUAUCAUGGACAGAGACACAGUACAGCUGGACUGUAGUAACAGUGAGAAUCAGAAGAUGGACGAGUGUUACUUCAUAAUAGAUGGAAGAGAAAAUAAACAGAGCAGAUCAUGUCAACUAUCACUCACUAGAUCUGACAUCAGUAUUGGGUCAGGAGGUCAGAGGUCAUCUGUCAUCAUAACCUGCUACUACACUGUGUAUAAAUCACAAGUUCUCAUGCCAUCUCCACAUUCAGAUCCAGUAACAGUAACAGUUCAGGGUUAUCCUCAGGCAAAGUUGUCAGUUUCUUCUUCAGUUAUCAUGGACAGAGACACAGUACAGCUGGACUGUAGUAACAGUGAGAAUCAGAUGAUGGACGAGUGUUACUUCAUUAUAGAUGGAAGAGGAGAGAACAGUAAACAGAGCAGAUCAUGUCAACUAUCACUCCCUAGAUCUGACAUUGGGAUUUGGUCAGGAGGUCAGAGGUCAUCUUUCAUCAUAACCUGCUACUACACUGUGUAUAAAUCACAAGUUCUCAUGCCAUCUCCACAUUCAGAUCCAGUAACAGUAACAGUUCAGGGUUAUCCUCAGGCAAAGUUGUCAGUUUCUUCUUCAGUUAUCAUGGACAGAGACACAGUACAGCUGGACUGUAGUAACAGUGAGAAUCAGAUGAUGGACGAGUGUUACUUCAUUAUAGAUGGAAGAGGAGAGAACAGUAAACAGAGCAGAUCAUGUCAACUAUCACUCCCUAGAUCUGACAUUGGGAUUUGGUCAGGAGGUCAGAGGUCAUCUUUCAUCAUAACCUGCUACUACACUGUGUAUAAAUCACAAGUUCUCAUCCCAUCUCCACAUUCAGAUCCAGUAACAGUUCAGACUGAAGCUGUAACGUCCAGAACCAAAAACACAGCUGCUGUUCCUCGGAGCAUUGAUAAUUCAGGGGCAACUCCUAAAGCUAAAGAGAAAAGAAUGUUGCUGAUAAUGCUGUUAGCAGUGGCGUGCUCUGUGAUUGUACUCACAGGACUCAUAUGUCUGUGUGGAUUUGCAUGCAAAAAAAGAUCUAAACGGUAAGUCUUGUCUUUAUGUACAAAUGUAUAAGCUUAUUUUAUAAUAAAAUA